AAACUUCUCCAACAUCUCACAACUCCAACAUCUUCUUAUUAAACUCCCUAAGAACCAAACGAAAACCAAAACCUAGAAUAUAUAGAAAAUGGGAGAUCAAGGAGUACAACAGAUGCAGCAGCCUAUUGUUGUGUAUCCAAACGCAUACACUAAACAGUAUCCAGUCCCAUCUUCUUCAUCAUCAUCUUCUUCCUCUGGCUCACGCGGUUCCUUUGGGACGGUCUUCAUAGUCCUAGCCGUGAUUCUUGUCUUGUCGGUUAUGGCUUGUGUCUUCGGGAGGCUAUGCAACCGGGAAAGCCGUGCGGCUAAGCAGCAGCAUAGCAAGCAUCCAAAGCAUGAGAAAGGAUCGUCUAAGAAGAGCCGUGAGAUUCGGCCUGUGGAGCGUGAGCCGAGGGAGAGAGGCGAUUUGGAGUUUGGGUUGGAUAUGAAGCGGCCUGAGCCACUUGAGAAACCCUCUGGAAGAGAACACGAUGAGGACAUAGAAUUUGGAUUUGAUAACAAGAGAAUAGAAAGAGGUGGAGGAGGACCACCUCUUCCUCCGAGUAUCAAACAUGGAGUGAGGUUUAAGUUACCCGAAAAUGGAGACCGUCAUGGUAAAGGCGAAAUCAGACAUGGAGGUCCUGACUUCGAGUUCCGACCAGGUCACUAAUGAUCUUAAUUUGUCUACCACUUUAUGUUUAUGUCUUCAUUGCUUUUUUAACUUUUAUUUAUUUUGUGCUUUUUUCUUUUCUGGAUUGAUUUGAGCUGAAGCUAUCAAACUUCUUAUAGUCUCUUGGUGUGAUAUAUAUACAGUAGAUACUCUAUAUCUGUAUAUCUAAGGUACUAAAUAAAUCUGAUGUAUGUAGAAUUUUCUAAGUAAAUUAUGUAAG